GAUAAGAAAGUGGCGUAAGUAGUUGCAAUAUUACGCCUAAAUCUCGCCUUAGGUCGCUUUAGGCGACUUCGGAAGUUUAUACAGUUACAUCGAUGAAAAUUGCACGAGUAGAAAGCUCAGUCGAGUAAUUUUGACAAUCCACAUUUUAGUAUCAUAAACUAGUACAGUUGUAGCCUACGAGGCUGCUGUGUAGAGUGAGUCCUUACUUAUACGUGGUGAACAUUUGCGGUCAAUAUCACGGCUUACAUCUGAUUUGUCUUUGUACUGCGAUUUUUCCGUAGAAGCUCUAUGGUAGGACGGUUUUGCUAACAUAAUCAAUUCUUCUCCAUACUUGUAGAUAGUUCUGGGAGGGCGGAUUUCCAUAAAGAUUGAUAAGUCAUUUUCGAGCUUCCAUAUCUGGCAUCAUGGAUAUCAUCAUUUUCGCACAUAACGGGCUCUACUAAGACUAUCAGGCAGAAAACAAUAUUCUAGUGCUGUGUUUAUGUCCCCCGCCCUUUUGAUAUUACUAUAGUUUCAUGAGUAGUGGACAAGUUCUUGCAGAGCUAUAUUUCGGCUGAUGGCAUACAGAGCUGAUCAGAAUCUAAUGCUAAAAUGGACUCACAUACUGGUGCUCCUUUCUAAGCAGUAUGUCCCGACUUGUUGUUUAGACAUAAUGAUAUUGCCUCGUUUCGAAAAUAAGGUUUCGUCGUGCAUAAGUAAGUCAUCACAUCAAGAAAAUGCGACUCUCGUCGAAGGUUUCUGCUUUCUCCGUAAAAGAGAUCGUAGCGGGAAGGUAUCGUUUUCUUCGUGUGCUUCGAAGGAGUAGCAAGAUUCAGGUACACUCGUCGUAGCAUUCCUUCGAGCUUAAUGCCUCAUCUUUGAGAGGCGCAGCCGCGUUGAUCGUGAUGAAUGAAUGAAUGAACUGAUAACUCGUGGUUUCGAUACAACAUUGCAUAAAAAAAGGACGCUUAGAGCACAUAUACAAGUAAACAACCGUUUAGUUUUCCUUCUAUUCUUAGGUCUUUCCCUUCUGCCAAGCUAUUAUCGAAAUCGUCUAAACGUCCUCGCUAUCGAUAGAUUCGAAUCUGAAAAGUCUCAAGAGUUUCCAGAGAGCUUGCGAUGCUCACAAACAAAAGGUAGACAGAAGCAAAGGCAAAUGAAGGCAAAGCUAAAUAAAGGCAAAGGUAUAUAAAGGCUGAUAGAAGCAAAGGUAAAUAAUUUUUUAUGCCAAAUGAACCGGUAGCCUCUGGCUUUUGAGGGGCAUCAGAAUGGCGCCCGUCUACAGCAAAUGCGAGCGCAACACCCGUGCAAGCGAUUUCCUCUUUGGAGACGGGCAAGACACUAAGAGCGUCGCUUUGGUUCCGUUUGGGUAUCAUACUUUUCUCGACAUCGAUCCGAGCCGCUGGGGGGUCGAAGCGGACGGCUCGACUAGCCAACCGGGUGACGACAUACACGAUCGGGAUAAGGCACCUACAAGUGACACGGUCUUCGCUGGUAGUAGCCCAUCUUCGUCCUCUUCUUCUGGUUACUCAUGCGGUUUUCAGAUUGGGACAUGGACAUUUGGAAAUUACGCGCGGAAAAAGUAUGAACGCUUCGUCGAGUUGGGUCUCGCGGCACCUAGAGAAGAAAGUAGCGAAGAUGAGGAUCAUUCUGCGAAGAAUCUCAGAAAUGAAAAAGAUGCACCAGGAAUCUCGGUGCUGACGAAGCGGCCAAUAGAAGAGGAGAUUAGGGACCUUCCUCUGCCGCUGUUCGUGCUGCCUACGCUAGCGUCGUCGUACUUCCUAUAUGGAAAGUGGCUUUUUGGUACCGCUGCUGGGAUCAAGACAGCAGCAGCCGGGGGAAAAAUGUUGGGUGCUAAAGGUAGUCGUAGACCCAACUUUGCUCAAAUUUUUCUUUUUUGUUUGGGCCUGGGCGGUAAAAAUGAUAAGACCACACUUGAUCCACCAUUAUGAAAGUUUUUUCACAUUGAUCACUUGGGACACAUGCAACUACAUUGUACUCGAUGACGAUGGUCUCUUCACCAAUGAGCUUCACUACAGGUCUCGGAGGACUUGGGCCUUUUUCGUUAUUGUGGGGCAUGGCACCCGGAACCGUCCUAGGUGAAAACUCUUUGAGACGUGCGCUCAGAGAACCAGAUCCGGGGAACGAUUCGUCGAUAUACAGUGCUAUUUUCCCGAAUUUCAAAGGCGACACUUUCUUGAAACGAAUAUGCGUCUUGCAAAUUCUUGAGUACAUUGGCUCUCUGUUCUUAACGAUGGGAUCCAAUGUCGCGUCAAGUCCAGUUGCACAGACACUAGGUAUAAAUAUGUUACUCUAGCAGGAACCUUUUUAGCGAAAUAUGAAAUAAUAUAUUCAACGCUGUUGCUGAGAAGUCACGACGUAUUGCGCCGACUCCACUUCAGACGAUUCACUAAAUGUUUUGCAUCCUUUUCUAGAGUUCUUGGAAAACAGUGCUUGUCUUGGUCGCCGCGCUAUUCUCGUUGUUAUCUUUACAGGUGCAAACUUAGCGCUGAGUCCGAAUACCUGUUCCUUGUAUCUCUUGGGAGCAAGUUGGGGCCCAUCAAUCGCUCUAGGAGAGGUGUGGAGAUUGAUUACUCCGAUGAUGCUACACGCGAACGGGCUCCAUAUCUUCUUCAAUCUCUUUUUUCAAAGUCGCGUUGGCUUUGGUAUAGAGGAGCAGCUGGGAACGAGGAAGUAAUAUACGACACUUGCAGAUAGUGAUACCUAUGCAUUGAGGGAUAUAGGCUCCCAACAUUUUUCAAUCUGUCACAUAGUUUCCUUUAGUGUACGUUCGUCGCAUCUGCAUCUCUUUCACUAUCUUACAUAAAAACAGGUUCAUGAUUCUCUACCUGUUUUGCGGGUAUUUCGGGAACCUGGUCUCCAUUUUGGUCGACCCGUACAAGCUGGCUGUUGGAGCGAGCACUAGUGCCUUUGGUUUGUUGGGUGUCUGGUUUUCGGAAGUGCACCUUACUUGGCAUUUGCUCUCCGAAGAUGCGAAGGGACGACUCAGUUUUUGGUUCGGCGGCAUGCUACUUGCUCUCGUGGUCAUGUCGAAUCUAGCGCCGCAUCUAGACAUGUGGGGUCACGUCGGCGGACUUUUAGGAGGAUACCUGAUGUCGAUGUGCCUCGCGGAUAUGAGUGUGGAACACCGACCCCCGUGGUACGCGACCGGACAGAAGCUAGCGCAAAUGGCGUUGGCGUGGAGCUGCUUCCUGGGGACAGCGAAAGUUGUGUUUUUGAACCCAGUGACACCCAUUCCAAAUUGUGGAACUCUCCUGCAUCCGAAAAACAUACUGAUGUAA